AUAUGAUCUAAUGUCGUCCCCCUUUUUUUUAGCCCAAAAAAAACCAUAUGUUCCAUUUAUUGAAACGCACCACCACUUUACCAACAAGGGGAAGACGAUUCUUCUCAAACACCAAAGGCUUUGACAGUCUUGUGAUUGGUGCCUAUACUGAACCCACGCAAUUAACAACCCAUGUCUCGCAUGAGACCCGUAACCUCAUUCAAAAUCAAUUAGCCCUGAGUCGCUUUAAAAAACAGGGCGACGUGCGUGUAUUUUAUGACAUGGGUGGCGUAAAACAACUGGCUGUUGUCUCGCUUGGUGAAAAGAAGCAUCAGAGCAAGACGAAAGAAAGAGAAAGUGUGCGCUCAGCCACGGCUAUCGGCAUUCAAACACUCCAAAAGCAAGGAGCUACAUACACAGGUGUAGACGUCUCAGUCGAUAUUCAGGCAGCAGCUGAAGGUGCUGUAUUAGCCCAGUUCUCUUUUGACAAGUUGAAGCAGGAUAAAAAAGAGGUGGAUAAUGGGGUCGAGCCUUAUGCUGCAGGCAUGGACGAGGCCCGUGUGGAAAAGCAUUGGGAGAUGGGACAGAUCUAUGGUGCUUCCCAAAACGUGGCACGUAUGCUCAUGACAUCCCCCGCUAACUUAAUGACACCCAAAUUGUUUGCUGAGGAAGUGGCUUAUUUGUUGGCAGGAUUGGAAAAUGUGGAUAUCGAAGUGCAUGAUGAGGACUGGGUCACACGUCAAAACAUGAAUGCCUUCUUGUCUGUUUCUAAGGGAAGUGAAGAGCCAUUAAGAUUUAUGGAAAUCCAUUAUAAGGGAGCUGAAAAUAAGGAGGAAAAACCUUACGGUUUAGUUGGAAAGGGAAUUACAUUUGAUUCUGGGGGAAUUUCUUUAAAGCCUUCUGCUAACAUGGCCUUGAUGAAGGGAGAUAUGGGCGGUGCUGCUACAGUUGCUGGUGCAUUAUACGGUAUCUGUAAGAUGAAGCUACCAGUCAAUAUCGUUGCCAUCAUUCCCUUGUGUGAGAAUAUGCCCUCGGGCAAUGCUACCAAGCCUGGUGAUGUGGUCAAGGCAAUGAAUGGUAAAUCAAUUGAAGUUUUAAAUACAGAUGCAGAAGGACGAAUGAUCUUGGCGGAUGCUCUUCAUUACAUUUCCUCGCGUUUCCAGCCCAAGCAUAUCAUUGAUCUUGCUACUCUAACUGGUGCAAUUGAUGUAGCUCUUGGUCAGGUGUAUGCUGGUGUGUUUACCAAUUCCGAUAAACUGUGGAAGCAAUUGGAAACAGCAGGCGAGAGCGUAUCCGAUCCAUUUUGGCGCAUGCCUAUUCAUGACGACUAUGUUCGUGAAAUGAAGCAAUCUUUAGUGGCUGAUUUGAGCAACGUUGGGUUCCGUCGUUCAGGAGGAUCAUGUGCAGCCGCCGGAUUUUUGAAGGAGUUUGUGGGUAAGGAUAUUCCCUGGGCUCAUAUUGAUAUUGCUGGUGUCAUGGAUUGCCAUGCCACCAAGGGUCAUCAUAUUAAAGGCAUGAGUGGUAGACCCACCAGAGCCUUGAUUGAGCUCAUGAGAACCAUUCAAUAAAAAAUAUCGAUCUAGACCGCUUCGCUAUUAGUAGUAAUAAUUAACUUUCUGACACCCUGACUGAGAAAAUAAUGAAAUUCUAUUCGUUGGUGAUGCAGUGGGCUUUUUAAGUUGUGAUCGGUCUAAUUUAAACUGCAAAAUAAAAGCGUAUGUGUGCGUGCGUAUAAAAAAAUAAAUUUUUAAGUUGCCUCAUUCUUCAUAUUCAGUAA